AUGGCGCAGAAUUCGCAGGCGCAAAAGAAAUGGGGCGUGGGCAACUUUUUCCAGCAAGCAGUGGCGGGCGUCGAAUCGCGUCUAGACAAUAUUCUGUUAGAUGAGGAGGAAAGACAGAAAGCGGCGAACGCGAAGUCUGGAGAGGCUGCGAGUACCGGUGCACCAGUAACCAGGUCUCCUGCUGGCUCAAUUUCUCGCAGCGCAUCAACUGCGCGCAGGAAUGACCGUCUCCAAGAACGCCUGGCGCGGGCCAUGGUCAAACAAAACGCCCCGAAUCGGAACUCGGAAACUUCGCCAAGUCGUGUUUCUUCCCCCGCGGCCAGCCCGCGACCAAGUAGUGAUGCACGAUCCAGCAUGGAUAUCGAUUCCAGUAUUGCAUCCUCUGCGCCCGUUACCGACACCUUUAAGUCUCCUCCGCUGCAAGAAGAAGACACUGCAACGGAGGUUACAGCGCCAAGAGCAAGCCAAGACUCUGGUGUUUCUACCAGGCAAUCGGUAGAUUUAAGUGCCACAGAAUCUAUACCCAGGGCGUCCGGCGAUGUGAGUGAGCGGGUUGCGGAGCCGGAUAGUUAUAGCCAGGAUCCAACAGAUUUCCAACCAAAUGAGGUGCACAGUGCCCGUACAUCGGUUGAAAGCCCACGGCCGAGCGUCGAUGUACCUUCAGAGGCUCCAGAAGGUGAUGACAACGCGGCGGACUCUCAGCGGCAGGAGGAAAUCCAUGGAUAUAUUGAACGAAUCGAUGCACUUCAGUCGAAGCUCAAGUAUCUUGCCAAGGAGGCAGCUGAAUCAGCCAAGAACGCCGCAGCUUCUGCUUCCCCGGGAAGUACCAAAAAACAACUGCUAGAAAAAGAUGAGAAGAUUGCACUGCUUCUUGAGGAGGGCCAGAAGCUGUCCAAGUCAGAGAUGGACCAUCGUACCGCUCUCAAGAAGCUUCGACAGCAGCUUUCCGAGAACAUCAAGGCUCAGAAUGAAAUGAAGAAAAAGACCGAGAAGUUGGAGAGAGAUCUACACAGCUCCGAGGCUAGAGCGAAACGAGCUGAAGCCGCAGCUCAACGAGCGAACGAAUCCUUGUCUUCCCAGACAAAAGUGGCCAAGGACCUUGAAGCUGUGACGAACGAGCGCAACGCGCUCACUCAAACGGUGCAGGAAAUGAAGGGUCAACUGAGCCGAGCCGUUGCACGUGCCGAAGCCGCCGAGUCCAAGGCUACGUCUGAUGCAUUGGAAAGAGAGAGAAGCAGAGCCAAUGACUUGGAAGAAGAGCUUUCCACUCUCAAGAUUGAGCGGGACAUCCGCCACGACAAGUCGAAGAAAGAGAUCAGCGAGUUGAAGGAGAAGAUUGAUCAGGAGAAAGAAAGGGCGCGCAUGCUCGAGGCCGAAUUGAAGGGCGAGCAGUCCGUUCUGGAAAGCAAGAUGGAGAGCCUCCGUUCUCGUGCAGAAGAAGCUUCAUCUGGAGCAACAGGGGAGACCCAGGCCAAACUUCUGCGGCAGAUCGAGACCCUUCAGACCCAGUAUUCUGUUGCCAGCGAGAAUUGGCACGCCUUGGAAGGUUCUCUCCUUGCCCGCUUGGCCAACGUGGAGAAGGAACGAGAUGAUGUGAGCCGCAGAGAAGCCGAUUUGCGCAAGAAGAUUCGAGAGCUGAACCUCAAAACCAAGAAAUUGGAAGAAGAUGUCGAGAAUGCCAAAGAAUCCGAGCGGGAUUAUGAGAGCAAACUCGAAGAGCGCAUGCAAGAGUUGCAAAAGAUGCAACAGAAGGUCGACAAAGCAACCGACGACCUCACUGUAGCUCAAAAGGACGCGGCUGAGCAGAAGAAAGUUGCCGACGCAACAUGGGCGCAAAAGCUGGAGGAAGAGCGCGCCAAAUGGCGCGACCAGGUCAACAGUUUGCAACAACCCCGAGCCGUGUCACCCGUUCCGUCUACUCGCCGGUCGAGCAAUCUCGAUGCUAUCCCAUCUGGUCUCUUGGACUAUCGUCCCAGCAGCCGUCGCUCAUCCACCCUGCCCUCCGCUUCGCCUGAUAUCGGCACGCCGCCGCGCCAGAACUCCUACCCAACAUCGAUCAACCCGGGAACACUUUCUCCUCCUCCAAUCCACACAGGAACUCCAUCAAUGAUUUUGGAGGCUCCUUCCAUUAACUUUGAGCCGGAUGAUUUCGACCCUGGCACUCCCGCUACUCCAUCUGCAUACGGUGGCACCCAGGCUGCCGGAUCCCGUGGCAUCAACGACAUCAUUUCCGAGUCGACUGUCGGCGCCGGCCCGUCCGUGCAGCUAGUGGAGCGCAUGAGUGCUACAGUCCGCCGAUUGGAAAGUGAGCGCGCCGGGUCCAAGGACGAACUUGCGCGCGUCACAAGUCAGCGCGAUGAGGCUAGGCAACAAGUCGUUGACCUCAUGCGCGAGCUCGAGGAAAAGAAAGCUUCCGAUUCUCGUGUGCAGGAGCUUGAGGAUAGACUGACUGAUAUCGACCAGCGGUAUCAAACAACUCUUGAGAUGCUUGGUGAAAAGAGUGAGCAGGUAGAGGAACUGCAGGCCGACAUUGCUGAUCUGAAGAAGAUCUACCGCGAGUUGGUUGAUAGCACGAUGAAAUGA